GGCGAGGGGUUUGACUAUUUUAUCUUACCACUCAAUGGGUUUUGUAAUUCAUGGGCUUUAUGCAUUCUAUUUACCAUUUACCAUUGCAGUUCGUUAUUUGACUUUAUUCUGUUCUGUUCAUUAUGUCUUUUGAAACAUUUAUAUUAGAUUAUGUGCUUGAUCCUUGGCUUACUCUCUCUACUCAUUAUUGAUGGCUUCUCAAAUGAUGUGACUAUAGGUGAAUUUAUGUUGUCCAGUAUUUGUUGACCUUGGGACAGUUUAAUUGUAUGGCUUUUCAAUGAUGCAGAUUGAACCUCAUGACUAUAUGGCCAAACUUUUUCAUUCAAUUAUCCAAUUCAACAACAUUUUAAUUGAUUAUAAUCGAGAUGUUUGGGGAUACAUUUCCUUGCGAUACUUCAAACAGAUAACUAAAGCUGGCGAAAUUGGAUCUUCAACAAUGCCUCACAAAGUGAAUCCCAUUGAUUUUGAGAACAGCGAAGGAAAUCUAGGAGUUGCUAAUGGAAACCUUUCACAUCUUAGCACAAAGCUACCUAUUUCGCGGUGGCAGAGGGAUUUGACAGAUUCUACGGCUCUGAGAAAUAUGGGAGUAGGGUUGGGGCAUUCACUUCUUGCAUAUAGAAAUGCAUUACGCGGAAUUGCAAAGCUUCAGGUAAAAACACCAUUCCACGUUCCAACAUAAUUGUUUAUCUUUGAGUACUCUGACAAUUCAAAGUUUGCUUAAAUCAUGGUCACUGGCUUUGCUUUGGGCAGGGGCAGAGAUAUCUUGUCAUUAGAAAUUGGGCUGAUUUAAAAAAUAAGUUAAUAUUGAAGCAUAGAAACAGUUAAAGAAGAUACCGAACCUAACCAAACAAUCCGAGUACAUCCCACUUACACUAUGUGUGGUUC